CUGUCACAACAUGACGGCAGUUUCAACAAAUAUGUAAAAACAUAUUCUUUAUAAAAGUUACAUAGGAACCCUCACUGAGCCUUAAUCCCAAGAGCGAUGAACUGACCAGGCUAAUUCCGAUUCAAAUCAGUCUCGAGUUGAACAGCUUACCCGUACGCUCUCGCACAGCCUACCCCUCACCUCUUUCUGACCUCCUCAACAUGGCUGCCACAGGAAUUCACCGAAAGUUCAGCAACCCACCGCAGUCACUCUCCAUCACCUCCUUAUCUCUCGCCAGGUCACUGAGCAUCAAGUGCAAACCGGGUGUCCUCAGGGAAUGUUUGUGCAACUUGUUUAUGACAUCCCAAGUGUGUGUUGAUGCUGUGGCUGUCGAUGUUAACAAGAGAGAUAGAGAGGUAGAAUGCUGGAACACGCCGUUCCGUCGGGGAACAGUGUAGCCGACCUGAUCUUCUGAGGGGGCAGCGGGGACGGAGUCAGCUGGAAAGAAAGCGGAAGGAGAGAUGACGAAGAGGACACAAGAGGAGAGCGAGCGAGAGUGAAAGUAGCUGAAAUAUAAAAUAGCUGAAAAGUGGCGAGAUAAACUGAAAGCAAGUUAAAGGUAAUGACAAACCAACAAACCUGUAGGCGGUGAUGUUGCAAAUCUUUUUUUUUUUUUUUAGUUUAAGUAUGCCCUCCAUAGUAAGGUUUCACUUGAUAAAAUUAAAACCUUGUUAUCAAAAGGGGGAGAGAAUUUACUCACAAAAUUAAAUAUAACUCUAAUGUCCGGGUUUAGAUUUCAACUUUAAUUUGAUUCCCACAACCUUCAAAAUGCUGCAGACACCCCUCGCACUACUGCUUUGAUUAUAUUUAAUAGGUCAUAGAGGGUACAUUUCAGAUAGUCUGCUUUCUGCAUUUUAAUUAAAGAGCAACUUUUCCAUUCGGACUGGCCUCAAAGUCAUCUAAAGUGUCGGCUGAUGAAAUUUGCAGACACCCCCGUAAACCUUCAUAUCCUCCACUCAUUUGUAUUUGAAAACGAGCAUCGUGCCUGCAGGGUUGAAAACCCUUAAGUUUCCAUUAAUGUUAUAUUAUUUUAGUGUUAAGUGAAUCCAGAGCUAUUUUGGUGUAAUUUAUUCAUCACUCUAGCCGACGUUUGUCCAGAGAGAGGAGAUUAUCAUAGUAAUAUCAUGGUUUCAACAAAAGCUCAAACUUUUAAUUAAUCAGGAAAAGGAAGCACUGACAUUUUUCUUAAGAAUUGUGACAAACUAGUGUUUUCACAUAAGAUGAGGAUAGCUACAGAGGGCCAUUCAAAACUUAUCAGACUGAAUACAUUGAGUGCUGUUGUUUUUACCUGAAAACCUCUGUAACAUCAGCACUUGCUCUCUUGCUUACUGUGGCCACAUGCCGUGAUGCGCAUAAGCAUAUGUUGCCAUCAAACCUUUGCAGAUUCUUUGAAAAAAAAAAAAAAAAAGUAGAAUGAGCUCAGAAACGUAUAAAAGGUGGUGAAAGAUGAAAUUGGAUUACAAAAAUAAGCAAAGCAACAAAAAAAAAACCUUAAGUGAAAAUGAGCUCAAGAAUCUGGCUUUAAACAGGUAUUAAACAUGAUAAUUGAUAUUAUUAAGCAGCAUGACCUUCAGUUUUGAAACAGAGAGAGUCAGCUGCAGAUGUGGAUUAGCAAAAUAAUUUUUUUUUUCGGAUUUUUUCUAAGAAACGUCUUUGCAGAAGGAUCAAAUGGUUUGCUUUCGGUAUAAGACAUCAAAAGCUGCAGCUAAUACCUGAAAGAGCAGAUGUUAUUUUCAUCAAAUGAUCAUAACCGUGAAACUGAACCUCAUGUAAGAACAAAAGACUAUUUUCUACUUUCUUUAUAGACUCUUUUCAUGUUAUGCUAUUAUGUUAGCAGACACGUGUGUUUGAUUUUUUUAUUUGUGAAAACCGUAGUAUCAAAUAUUCAUUAUAACCACAUUUGAUAACAUUAAAACAGUAACUUUCAAUCAAUAUAAUGAUAGAGCAAAACAAAGUAGCACAUGAAAUGAUAUUUACAUUUUAACCUUUUUUUUCCCCUCAAAGCAAAAUCUGAAGAAUGUGUUGUGUGUUUUUAUACAGCCUGCUUUACGCUGAUGCAAGAUAUAAUAUCAUGAAACAUAAGGAACAUACGAGACAGAUCAUUUUACAAUACUUAUACUAAACUUAUAGUCAGUACUACAGUGGAAUAGCUUAGAUUAAAGGUACAUAAUGUGUUAGAGUGGCCCAGUCAAAGUCCAGACUUAAUAUGGAAUCUGUGGAAAAACCUCUUAAUCAAUGCUCACAGCUUCUUUCCAUCCAGUCUGACUGAGGUUAAGCUGUUUUGUAAAGAAUAGAGGACAAAAAGAUUUCAGUAUCUAAACAUGAAGAAUGUUAGAAACACAUAUGUUUACCCCUGGAGCGGUAAUGAAAUGUAGAUCUACAAAGUAUUCACUGUAAGUGGCUGAAUACAAAUGCACUCCCACUUAGCAAAUCCUUAACGAAAAGAAAAAAAAACAUGAAUAUUUGUUCAUAAUUGUGCACUAUGUACUGUUGGUCUAUCACAUUAAAACAUCCCAAUAAGAUUCUCUAACGUCUGUAGUUGUAAUGUGACAAGAUGCAAAGAAGUUCAAGAGCUGUGAAAGAUAUCGCCAAGACGUGAUAUGUCUUUGUUUAUUCUUCAUUUCCUCAGGAUAUUCUAGCAUAUGAUGACUGUUCUUCUUUGGUUCUUGUAAGAGCUUGCAGCAUCCUGAAACCCGAAGCAUCAGAAGAGGCCGGAACAAGCCUCCCGCCCCCCUCUCCGCUCCCAUAUCCCCCUGCUUUUCCUUUGUCUUAUCAAGCCUGUUAUUUCCACUAAUAUGCUCUAGUUUUAUCAUCACCAAUAGCCAUUUAUGUUUGCUCCUUUAUCCCAGCGAGUCACCCAGAGUUCAAGCUUUUUGGGGACUGUGCAUUACCUUUAGCAACAUCUCUAUUAGCAGAAUUACCUACAAAAUGUAUUCAGUUCAGGUCUUUGUCCAAUAAUAACAAUAAUAAAAACAUUAUGAGUGAUGAUAAAUGGCCUGUACUUGUAAAGAAUUGUAUCAAGUCCAGACGACUUCAAAGUGUUUUACACUACAUUCAGUCACACACACACACACGCACACACGCAUUCACACACUAAAGAUGGUGAGCUACUGGAUGGUAGCCACAAUUAUUGAACAUUUUUACAUCUUUCCAAAAGUAACCUACUAAAUAAGAUUCAAGAGGGCAGCCAGACAAAUAGAGGAGAACUUUGCAUGGUGUUGCAAAUACAAUUGUCUGCAGAUCUGUGUGGAUGCACACUUUUGCUUUCGGUAGUUAUAGGGACGUUUCGGAUUAACCUGCCUAUAUGUGAAAUGUCUGGUUAGAAAAGAAGGUGUAGGAUGGUGAAAAUAAUUCAAAAGAAUUGUAUUUGAAAUUAGCAUGAUGAACUAAGUCCAUAAUGGGAGCAUAUUUGAAUGCAGGAAAGGUUCUGAUAGAUUAGGGAUGGGGUGAUUUUUGAUCAUAAAACAUAGGAAAAAGGAAAAAUUACAAGAAAGGAGACAAAACUUGCUACUUUCUUUCUACUGAUUCUGAUCCAGCUGAUUUUAGCAUUUCAUGGUUUGCCAUUCCAUGACUGUAAAGGGUUAUUCUACUUAGAUUAUGAACAAAAUGAACCUGUUUGAUCCUAGUGAUUGUUCACAUUGUGGAUGUGAACAAUCACAAGCAUUCACUGGCAGAUAUAGAUAAGACUGUGCUAAAUCUAGAAUUAACCCUUUACUGACGAUUUAUAUAUAUAUAUAUAUAUAUUAAUAAUAAUAUAUUAAUAUAUUUCUAUAUUAAUCCUUGUCCCCCUAAAAAUGUUUCUGGUUUCACUUGAAAAUAUCUUUCGAUACUAUCCACCUCUUGUGUCACUAAGAAGGUCGGACAUGUGCUCACCAGGGAGUCAGCAACAUACACACACACACACGCGCGCAAACCCCCCCACACACACACACACGACACAGCGGAGCUGCGUUGUGAUGUGUUGCUCCUUCACGGCUCAGUCAUGCAUAAAAUCCAGUAACUGUUUGCUUUGUGUGACAGUUUGUGUCACUGCCUCUGAGCCUUUUUCCCACUGUGAGAGCUGCUCCACUGUACUAAGUGUGUCAACAACACCAGCUGAGAGGCAGCCUUCAGUCCACACGCACAACUCAAGACUAAUCCUUCAAAGAACGAAGGGAGAAACUAUGGGAAAGAGCAGUCGGAAAGGGCAGUGGACAUACAGAGGCAGCGUGUGGGAUGCAGAUAGGCAGAAGUGAGAGGAUCAAGGAGUUGAACGGGGACGUGGUCACCAUUAACGCUGCGUGAUCAGAGGAAAAAAAGACAGGAAGAAGUGAUAUUAUGAGAAAGAGAAAUAUUCACAUUUUUCAAAGACUUUCCCAUAUCACAGACUCUGACACACAGCUCACUAUCAUCCGCAUCCCAACAGCUGCACACAUUUGCUGAAAGAGGUUCCCUGGGCAAGGCCUUUGAUCAACUGUGUAUAUGUAUAUAUGUGUGUGUGUGUGUGUGUGCGCGCGUGUGUGUGUGUGUGUUAUGCUGUGUCAGUGAGACAAGAGAAGAGAUUUUACACAUUGUUCCAUGCCUUGAUAUCUGUGUACACAAGCGCAGAAUGUUUUCUGCUCCAGAUCAUAAUGCAAACAGGCAAAAAAAUUUAACAUAUUUUCCACACUAUAUAUAUAUCUAUAUAUAGACCUAUCUAUAUAUAGAUAUUUAUGUCAGAUUUUAGAUUCUUUUGUGUUUGAAACUUUCCAUCACUCAGAUUUCCAUGUCAUCUGUCAGAGGCAGUCGGGCAACAGUCCCACUGGUAAAGUGUGUAGACUGAGUCAGGCUUUGAUGCUGCGGCAUUUCAAUCAUCGCAGCCACAAGCAUGCCAACACAGAUUGUACAAGUUUUCUGAUCUUAAGUAUGCUAUUUUGAAUGAGACACUCAGGAAGGGUCCAACACAGAGCAGCUGCUUCUUGUGUUUUAAACCCUUUCACUGGUUAGUUGUGUGUGAGCGCUCAUUGUAAAAAUACUACUCUAAAAAACAUCCAAAUGUUUGCAUAAUCAAAUAUUUCUGUUUCAAAUCCAUUUUUUUUCUUUUAGUGUAGGAAGUCUUUUCUACAUGUACUGAAUCCUGUUAAUAACGUCCCUCUGAACGUUCAGCAUGCCUGUGCGUGAACGCGUGCGCACGUGUGUGUGUGAUCUGAGGAACACUCAGGUAAUGGAUUAAUAUCAGAGUUGGCUCAGGCCUCACGUUGCUCUGCAGUGACAGCCUGUCAUUAUCAACAACACCGAUGGCUCACACAUGCACAAACUCACACACAAUCACACGAACACACACUAUCCCAUGCCUCACAUACGUAUACACAGAAAGUCUCCCUUUGUCUUCCAUUUCUGUCGCUUACGUCUAUGUUUCCCCGUCUUUGAACUUGCUCGAUGCGCUUUCGCGCAGCAAGACUGACGCUAAAACUAGACGACCUCUGUGUCGAAAGAGCCUAGCUUCACUCAAAGAUCAAGACAAAGUCUUUCCAACACUGUUGUCAUGUUUACUUCCGACAGACUUCACUUAAUACUUUGCCUUGGGCCAAAGCAGGGAUGGAUGUUUCAUCAGUGCCAGACACUCAUUAAUCCUCACACUUGCCUUCCUCCCUGCCAGAGCUGGUCAUCGUAUUGAGCCAUUUAGCCAGUAUUGAGCUGUAUAAUUGGACAGGGGAGGCCGAUAUGAGAUGUUUUAGGAAGUUAAAGAGUGACAAAACGCUCCGGCAAGGAUUAAACUUUGCGUGUCCGGUUUUGAUUCCACAUAGCCACAAGGCAUGGCAACAAUAUUUUGAAAUAUGUCAGGCUAUUGAAUUUUCUUUUUUAUUAAUCAGUGCUUAUUAAAAAUGACAAAAAAAAGUUUUUUGUUUUCUUUUUACAUUUGAAUUAAGGACCAACACCCGAUGGUGAAAACUAUUGAACAAAAAAUGCUCAACAAGUAACUUUUGUCUCAACUUAAAAAGUGAAUGGAUGCUUUCAAUUAUUACAAUUGAAUUGUUCAGCUGUUCAGAUAAAAGGAAAAACUUUAUAAAUGCUUUGAAUUUGCUUCAAUUGCCAAACCAUGUCUAAAUGCAAUGUUUCUGACCAUGAUACUAACAUGAUAAAAGAAUGAUCACAUUCCGAUGUAUUGCACUUUCAAAACCUUAUUUGUCAUUUUGACGCUUCAAUGCAUGUUUUUCUAAAGACCCCAAAAGAUAUGCAGUUAAUGGUGUGCAAACAUGACCUAAAAGUGAUAAAAUUGCAAUCAAAUCCAUGGAUGUUUGUGGUUGUACCGUGUUAUUAAGCUGAAAGGGUGUGAAUUCUUUAGUAAGGGACUGGAAAUGGUGUUGUGAUUCGUGCAAGUUUCUGUGGUAAAACGCAGUUCCAUCUAGGCCUGUUAAUCUGUUUGCCUCAUAUCCUGCCUUCUUAAUUUGAUGUGCUUCCUGCUGAAUCAAGCAAAUGGAGUGGUACAGGAAAUGAUAACUAAGCAGGAUGAGUUUGGUAGAAGGAGGAUGUUUGAUUAGGUAGAAAUGGGCUACAUUCUUAAAACCCAAAUGAGCCGUGCGCAGACUUGACGGCGCACCAAAAAUAAAUUGGCCAGAAAUUAAAAUGCACCUUUCUCAUUUGUUCUUCUCCCCUGUUUUCUGCAGCAGUCGUAUGCUCCUCCUCAGCCCAUGGCUCCACCAAGUCCAGGCACAACCGGAGGAGGGGGUGGAGGUCAUGGAGGUGGGCUGGUGGAGCAACUUAGUAAGACCAACUUGUACAUCAGGGGGCUGCCACCUGCCACCACAGACCAGGACCUCAUCAAACUCUGUCAGCCAUAUGGGAAGAUUGUGUCAACAAAGGCCAUCUUGGACAAAAACACUAAUCAGUGCAAAGGCUAUGGCUUUGUGGACUUUGACAGCCCUGCGGCAGCCCAGAAGGCUGUGGCCUCGCUCAAAGCCAGUGGAGUCCAGGCACAGAUGGCGAAGCAACAGGAGCAGGACCCCACAAACCUCUACAUUUCCAACCUGCCGGUGUCGAUGGAUGAGCAGGAGCUGGAAAACAUGCUGAAGCCCUUUGGUCAUGUUAUUUCCACGCGGAUACUGAGAGACGCCAACGGUCUGAGCAGAGGAGUCGGCUUUGCUAGGAUGGAGUCGACGGAGAAGUGCGACGUGGUGAUCCAGAAUUUCAACGGCAAAUUUCUGAAAACCCCUCCAGGCAUGACAGCUCCUGCAGAGCCCCUGUUGUGCAAGUUUGCUGAUGGAGGCCAGAAGAAGAGGCAGAGCCAGGUUAAAUAUCCCCAGAAUGGACGACCGUGGACAAGAGAAGGAGAGAGCGGCAUGGCGUUAACAUAUGACCCCACAACAAUGCAGAACGGAUUCUACUCUUCACCCUAUAGCAUCUCCACCAAUCGGAUGAUUGCACAGACAUCAAUCACACCCUUCAUUGCUGCCUCCCCUGUCUCCACAUAUCAGGUCCAGAGUACAUCAUGGAUGCCACAUCAACAGUAUGUUAUGCAACCUACAGGCGCUGUGAUCACCCCAGCAACGGCCAUAGAGCCCAGCUUGUCUCUUCACCCAUCCAGUGUCAUGGCUCCUCUCACCCAGCAGAUGAACCACCUCUCUCUGGGCCCCACAGGCACCUACAUCUCUGCUGCAGCGGCUGCUCCUAUGCAAGGAACCUACAUUCCCCAGUACACUGCAGUGCCUGCCUCUGCUAUUACAGUGGAUGGUGUGGUGACAGACCCAUCUCCACAGACAACUGCCCCCUCCUCACAGGAUGCCAGCGGGCAGCAGCCUUUAUCAGUGGAGAGUUCAGCAGACCAUGCCACAGCCUACUCCUACCAGACAAAGUAACUGGUGGGAGCCAUUGUUGCAAUGCCUUCAGAAGGACUGCACGACGGAGCCGGAGAGAGAUGGAGAAUCAAAACAUGACAGAGGAC